GCUCAAGUAGGUGUAGCCUGCAGGCACUGCUGAAUCAGCAUUAUCUGAGUUGUGGAUCUCCCCUGCAUGUCCAUGUCACAGUGUGUGCUGCCACAGUACAGUCCUUCAUCAUGUCAGCAGUCUCAGAUCCUGCCAAAGAGCAUCAGCUCAUCCUCAGGUUGCCUGCAGAUCAUGCUGACAAGGUUAGGGGAGCAAUGAAGCAUGGCACACUGGACGAGCGUCUCCAAGUAGAGUUUAUCAGAGAUGAGAUUGGUGAGAUGCGCAGAGCCAGAGUAAAGCUGGACGAGGAAACAUUACCAGGAAAACUCAUUGACCUCCCAACCAUCAUUGAGAGCUAUAAGACUCUGGACAACAAGAACUUGUACAAGACAGGGGACAUUUCUCAGAUGUUGGUGUGUUCUGAUGACCCUGACACGUACACCCCACCAGCUAGAGGGGCCUCCAUUGAUGACAUGACUGCCUCCAGGAAGAAGGAGCUCUACAAAACCUUCACGACCAAUCAUGGCAUUACUCCACCGAUGAAGAAUGUUAGGAAGAGAAGAUUUAGAAAGACCAAGACCAAGAAGAUGAUUGAUUCUCCUGAAGUAGAGAAAGAAGUGAAGCGCUUACUGAGGGCUGACACCUUUGCUGUCAAUGUCACCUUCAAGGUUGUCAAUGACGACAAGCAGGAUGACAGUCAGAGUGUGAUGUCCGACAGUGUGUCCCGAUCCCAGACCCCCGGGAUGAUGGUAGACGAGGACUCUCUCCUCUCCCUGCCCUCGGACUAUACCCCUGACGACAAGUCUGAGCUAGUACGCAUCCUAGAAGAGGUCAGCUGCUCCUCCUCCAGUGAGGAGAGUGAAGAUGAGGAGAUCAGUGUUAUCGACGAGCCUGGAGGUGACAGCGAGGAGGCCAGUGAGCUGAGGGCAGCUGCACAAGACCUGGAGACUCAGAUUGAAGAACAAAAACUAAAGAUCCAGAACACUCCUAAAAUACUGCGUGCUCGUUUUGAAACAUUUCUUGAUGAGCUGGAAAAACAACACCGCAGUAUAUUGGACCAGCUAUCAAGCUUGAACUGACUUAGUUUUUUUGUUUUGUUUUGUUUUCGUUUUACCUUACACACACACACACACACAUACACACUUAGUACAUGCUCCCUAACAAUUUAUCUUUUUGAUCUAUUUAACUUUUUUCUGGCAAUAAACUUGAACAUGAAA